AUGGGUAAAAACGUCAUCUCCAAGUUCAACAAGAAUGACCGCGUGAAGGACUUGAUAACCAAGAAACGAGCUUCCGAAAGAGUUUUGGAUGAUGUGGUGCUGUUGACCGACAACAUCCCCGUUGAACGCCAAGAAGCUCUACUACAAGAUGGUUUCGACUUCUUGGACGAGGCCCAGCUAAAGCAAAUCGCAGAUGCUCUUGACCCAAAAAUAAAGUUCCAAUGCACUGAAGAACGCUUGGCAUCAAUUGCAGGAAUUUUGUUUAAAGAAGUGGGCGAGAUGGAGGUUGCUUUGAGCCAUAUUCAAGACACGAAGAACCAGCUUAUCUUGCUCUUCAUCCAGACCUUUGCUCAGGGGUUCAGCAAUGAGAGCUCCAACCCCGCGAACUUUGACCUUGAACCGAUGAGGAAGCAGGUAGAUUACUUGGGAAAGCUUCGCAUUGAGUUGAGGCGUCGUUCAUCCGAUAAUUCGGCUAAUGAAGCUCCUGCUGAAAACCGGACAGGUUGCUGUAUAAUGUAA